GUCGGAGCUCUGCAUACUUUGGAACUCACAGCCUUUCAAUCGAGCUUGGCAGCCUCCGCACUUUGGAAAUUUGAUCUCUCAUUAUGAGCAAGUUAGUGAAGUGCCUGCGAAGCCGCAAUCCGCGCACACAAGUCGCCCAUCAUGUUCACAAUCAAAGCCCCGCUGGAGCGGAAGCACGAGUUUUCACAUACCGAGAACUUAAUCAUGAUGGGAAUCAUAUUCGCCUCCUUCGUAUUCUGCCAAGGAAUGCGAAGUCACGAAAGGCUCACGGAGAUAACUCGAGCGAGCUCUACUGCGAACUGUUUCACGAAGACCUCGAUCAAUAUCCGUCAUAUAAAGCACUGUCAUACACCUGGGGGAGCGAGUCCGAUCCCAAGCACACGAUAUACCUUAACGGAUUUCAGUUUGAAGUGAGGGAUAAUCUUUGGCACGCUUUGAACCGAUUCCAAUCCGAUUAUGCCGAGCUGGUCGUAUGGAUUGAUGCUAUCUGUAUUAAUCAGUCGAUUGGUAGAGAGAGAAACCACCAGGUUGCCAAGAUGAAGACGAUUUAUGAGAAAGCGACUGAAGUUAUCGUCUGGCUUGGGCCAAGCUAUCAGGAUAGCGACCUAGCAAUCCAGCUUGUGCGGGAGCUCUACCAACACCGCAACUCGACAAGAUGGAUCACUAAACGUUUUUCGAAACCUGAUAUAAGAGAGAAGUUAUUGAGUCUCUGGAAUGUUCUUAGUCGCGAUUACUGGGGAAGGAUCUGGAUUGUCCAGGAGCUCACGGUUGCGAAAAGGAUCGUCUUCUAUUGCGGCGGAAAUUCGUUAAAAGCAAAGCAUUUAUAUACUGUCCAACAACUCUUCCGUCGAAUGUUAGAACUCGAUGGGUUUUCUAGAGACUUGCUAUGCGAUGUUUUACCAGGGAACGCGUACGCUAGAUCCCGCCUUCUCGAUGGCGGAAUACAAGCAAUGUCCUACUGGAAGCAGGAGCUAGUCUCUAUCCGACCGAGUUUCUAUAACUAUUUACUUCACCACUUUAAGAGACAGGCAUCGGAUCCGAGAGACAUGAUUUAUGGACUGGCAGCACUGGCAAAUGAGACUAGUAACUAUAAAGUUGUGGUCGACUAUAAUUUAUCACCAAAGGUCGUGUUUACUAAUUUCGCCCAACUGGAAAUCGAGACUUCUAGGAAGCUGGAUAUUAUUACUCGGCUUGUUCCUGGCCGAAAUUUAUAUAAUUUGCCGUCAUGGGUUCCAGAUUGGUCGAUGGCUGCCAGGUCUCCUUCGCAUUUUUUUCUCCAUAAUGUUAUUCGACCAGAGUUCUGGUAUUGUUCUGCGGGUCAAACUAAAGCAGUUGCUCGCUUUAUUGGGGACGGGAUGAUCUUUAAAGGAGUUAAUAUUGGCUAUAUUGAACUUCUUGGUGCACGGAGCGGAAUGGUCAAUUACUGGGACAUAUUCCAUGGCACCAGAGCACUCCUCAAAUUGUGGGAGCUUAUUGCCAGAAUGGACAAAACAUCAAGUGCAGAUCAUGAAGCCUUUAUUCGGGUUCUGAUUAUCAAUAGGGUAGAGAAAAGGAACCUUGGACUUAGAACUAAGUCCGAGUUUCUCUUGGGAAUUUUGGGUUAUCUUUCUUUGCUUGUGUCGGGUUCGAAUCUGGCCAAACCUGAGACGUCUAUUCUCCUUAGCUACUGGAAAUCCUAUUUAGCUCUGGAGAAGAAAGACAACGCGGCUAUUACAGAGGAUGUCGUGGAAGCGGAUGCUAUGAGUGUUAUGCGACCCUGGAUAGAUCUUAUUUUAAUAAGGAUCUGGGAUCGCCGCUUUUUCAUUAGCUCAUCGAAAGCAAUGGGUCUCGCGUCCCAAGAAGUGAUAGAGGGCGAUAUUAUAUGCAUUCCACUAGGGUGUUGCCACCCUGUGAUCCUUCGAAAAGUCGAAGAUCACUAUAUCAAUCUCGGUGAAGCAUACGUCGAUGGAUACAUGUAUGGCGAGGCGAUGGGGAUGCUAGAAAGAGAGGAGCUGAAGCUGGAGGACUUCGAGUUGCAAUGAAAUAAAUAUCUAUUGGACACCAGCUAACAAUUCCGGCAUGUUUGGAAGAGAGCACAAGUUCCAUUGCUAUGCCCGUCUCCCAUCCAUCAGGACAGACACACCUGUCAUCGUCCACCAACUACCACAUCUCACGCACUGCCACUUGCAUCCACCCCCUUCUUUCAAAGAUACCCACGAAUCACACAGCACUGUGAUCCAGACAUUAUACCUCAGCCUCAACAAAAUAUAUCAACGAAUUCAGGAAAACGAUCUUCAAAACCAUAUUUCCCGCGGCAGAUCUCGGCCAUGGCUCCGUCCUCGGUAUCAGAAGAACAAGGCAGACAUGUAGCAAAGCAGCACCAUAGCUAGGACUGUACAUCUUGAUCAGAAAUUGAGCGGUAUUCAGUGUUGCGUUGCCUUUAUCUGUGAUAAAAUGGCAAUUAGGAUGCGCCAUUAGCUGAAUACAAUGCUUUCUGGAGAUGACCUUUUCUGAUCUGACCAUGGAUAAACCACGCUUAC